GAUUCCUCCCGCCAUCACGCCAUCACCAUCAUCACCAUCAGUUUUCAGUUUACCAGUAGUCAUUUCUGUGUGUGGUUGGUAACGGUGGUGAUUUUGAAUCGAUACAUCCAGUUCUUAAAUGGAAUAAAGAAAAUUCCCAUUUUUUGUAUUAAAAAUACCCCAGCUAGCAGUAGCGUUUUUCUUUUGGUGUGUGUUCUAGUGCAAAUUAUUUAUUAUAUUUUAAUAAAGUGUAUAGUUUUUUUGCUGAUCAGAGGAUUAUAACUUUGUUUUAGAGCUACAAAAGAUAAAACAUGAAGCAAAUCCAAUGGACUCUGAUUCUGGCGCAGUUCUGGUUCGUUUUCGUGAACGCAGAACCGUCUGUGCACAUUCUAGCUGAAAAUCUAGAACAAGUCAUCACGUCCACGACGUUAGAAUGGAUUCCUUUCAACGGUGACGAUAAAGGUUUUCUCAAGAACGCCGUUGUAGCAGCUUACCAGACUAUAGAAGAGCCAAAAAGCAACGAGGCCGAAGUGUCUGAGAAUGAAACUGGUGGAAACGGCUUAGUCCAAAAGUCAGUGUAUGUCUGCCGAGCCAAGAUUAACAGCGUGUGGAUCUCCGGGCAGCUCAGACCAAACAGAAACGUUUGUGUCGUUUCCCUUUACAAGAAAGUCUCUGAUUAUAAAGAGUUCGAUGUCCUCGUCAGCAUAGAGGGAAGCGCAAGGUUGAGUUGGAUCCACAAGAACAAAUACACUUUGAUAUCGCAAGGAGCUGUUACUAGCGGAGAAAACGCCUUGAAGAGUUUUGUAGCAAGGAGAGAGGCGAAUAGCCAUAACAAAGAAGGUUCCCUCUCUUACUAUGUCGGCAAAUAUAGUCCAACAGAAAACCUCGGCAUGUUCUUCGUGGUGGAUCAAAACAACAUAGAAAUCCCCUACGAAGACGGAGAAAUCCUUGUAGAAACCGAACCAAAAUCAUACGAACUGAAAAACAUAACCUAUGCCCGCACCAACAAACGUCAUCCUAAAAAACAGCGGGUAUUAGGCCAUGCUGUUUUGAAGAAUGAAGAAACAACAUUUCAGAAAGUCGAAUCUGUCAUUAGCUACAGCUACCACUAUAACCUGUUUUGGGGUAAGGGUCACGGACUCUCGACAGGGCUGCCUUUGCUGGUCAAUUUGCCCAAAGGGCCGCAGCUAAAAGGAAGCUGGGCGCUGCCUCACGAAGAAGAGAAAACGGAAGUUGUGCCAAUAGAAAGAGAUUUAGAAGCUGGUACAGCUGUAAAUGUAACUCUCAUAGGAAACUAUACAGAACUAGAGAUUCCUUAUACAGCCAUAGUAGUCCAGAACUAUCAGGACGGAGAAAAACGCGAGUUCAUCAUUAGGGACACCAAAAGGGAAAACAAGAUGAUGGAGAUUAUUCCCGUAUAUACUCCUGCCUACUACCUGCAUAAUAAUACCCUCGUGCCAACUACAACCACAACUACCACGACCACUACAUCCAGUACUACUACCAAACUGGCUUCGACCACACAAGAAGUCACUCCGAUAGGUUUUCCCGAACUAGACGAUAGAAAAGUCGACAAUCUUCAAUCGAGUGACAAGAAAAACGACAUGCAAGCAGACGAACAAAACUCUACCAUCAAAGAUGGAGAAACACGAGAGAGCAAGAGCAGCAGUCCAAAACGGUUCAGUAGUUCAAAUGUAUUAAUUGCUAGUCUUACACUAAUAUGCAUUGUAUUAUUUAGACAUACGUAAAGAGACUGUGUUUUAUUUUGUCUGAAAAUUGUUUGGCGCUAGUGAUUUCAAAACAAAUUUUAAAAUCAAACAGAAGAGAACUGCCGACUUCACGUUAAAUUAAGUAGAGUAGGUAUUCAGACUUAUAUUUUCCCAGUUACAGAUUGAUAACAUCUCAAAAAUUAGUAACUCGAAUAGGGAUACAUAAUAUUGUAUGUGUAAAAUGCUUAAAGAGGUUUUCAAUCUCGACCAUGUGAAUGCCAUAUAUACUCGUUGUACCUGUCAAAUGUUAAACAUCAAAAACUGGUCUUUGUUAUCAAAAACAUGAAAUAAAUUAGAAUAUUAUAUUCAAAUUUAAACUUAAAUUCCUAACCUUUUGGCUUUGCCAGUACCAUUAACAUUGCCAGUGCUAAUUUAAAAAAAAAACAAAUUCGUAUAAGCAAGUAGUAUAUGAAACAAUAUAAUAUAAUCUGUUUCACAUACUCUCUCUCUUGUCGUUUCCCCAUUACUGAGGAUCGUGAUUUUUCCCAAUAUUCCUAAAAAUUUUUUCCAUUGGUCUCUAUUUUCAGGUGCUCUAAAAGCUUCGCAGAAUGAGUUUCCAACUGAAUUCUUAAUUUGGUCGGACCAUCUAGUUGGUGAUCGUCCUCUUGAUCUUCUCCCCGGAACGUUUCCAGAAACAAUUAAUCUCUCCAAACUGUCGUCACCUCUGCGAACCACGUGACCGAAGAAUUGCAAAGUUCGUUGCAGACAUUGUGGACAGCCUUUUUUAAUCUCGAGUUGGUUUAGAAUGGAAACUUUUGUCCUGUGAGCUGUCCAAGGUAUGCGCAGCAUUCUUCUCCAGCACCACAUCUCAAAGGCAUCAAUUUUUUGGCGCUCGCAUGCGCGAAGAGUCCAAGUCUCUGCUCCGUAUAGAAAUAUUGAGAAUACAAGGGCAUUCACCAGUCUCAUCUUGAUAUUUUGAGAGAUAGAUCUGUCUUUCUAAACUUUAGUUAGGCGACUCGUCGCAUUUUUUGCCAUACCAAUACGUCUCCGAACUUCUGCUUCACAGUUGCCAUCGUUAGUUAUACUAGACCCGAGAUAGACAAAGGUGUUUACUAUCUGGUAUUCCUGUAACAUGUUAGUCAGUUGAAUAGUGUCGAAUCUGUCGACCACCAUUAUUUUUGUCUUAGCUUUAUUAAUUUUCAGACCAACUUUAUUGCUUUCGUACUCAACUCUUCGCAGGAGAUCAAACAUUUUUUGCUCAUUUGUUGCUAUAGGUGUAGUGUCAUCAGCAAAUCUUAAAUUGGGGAUUUUCCUACCACCUACUGUUACUCCACCGGCCCAUCCUUCUAAAGCCAUCCUCAUGACAUGUUCACCAUAAAUGUUGAAUAAGUCAGGUGACAACACGCAUCCUUGUCUAACACCUCUCUCGAUCUUGAAUUAACUUAAAUAUUAAUUGAAAUGUUAGUGACACAUGGGAUAACUGUAUAACAUGCAAAUAUAUUUUUAGCAAUAAACUUAGUAGUACUAUACCUAUAGAUGAACAUUGGUAUGUAUAUGAUACAUAAAAUAAAAUAAUUCGACUAUUGACAUGUAACCGUUAUGUAGUUUUGGCAUUUCAAUAUAAAGUAUGACGUAUCCCUAUCCUUCAAUGUAAAUAGGGAACUUGCAUAAAAUUUUAAAUUCGAAAAAAAAAUGUUAUAAAUCACAACAGAACAUAAUUUAAAACAUGUAUCAAAGAUAAAAAAGUUUUUUUUGCAUUUCGUUUGGCCCCUAAAGACGAUUAAAAAUUCAAAGUAUACCAGCCAGCCCAAAACGCGUCGUGACGUCGUCCGGUUAUAUGUUUACAUUCUGCACCAACAAAGUUAACAAAAUUGUAUAUAAUUUUAAAUUAGACAUUAUAAACGUCAGUAGAAAAUACAGUUACAUAUGUGACGUCACUAGUGUUUUUGAUCGUUUGAACUAUUCAUAGAAAACUUGUACUUUUACAAAAUGGUUUUAUUUUCCAUAGUAAACCUUCUUUCCUUUCCUUCAAAAACUGUAUCAAACUCCAAUCUCAACAAACUGGCAUAUAUUAUUGCAAUGACAUACGAUAAAUGUCAUUAGAAUAUAAAUAUUUUUCCCUUAUUCCGCGUCGAUGAGCCGGCCAAAUACCUAAGUAGGUGGAGGCCAAUAAACUAAAGAAUGAGAAGAAGAAGAUACCUAAAUAUAACCAUAAUCAUAACUAUAUAAUAAAACUAUAUGACGUCACGGAUCGUUUGAACUGUUUUAUACCGCAGAAGACUUUAAAUUUGUAUUUUUAAGUUAUUUUGAGUUUUUGAAGCGUGAAAUUUUGGAAAUCUCAUUUUUAAAAAAACUGAACAUUUUAUGUAAUAAAAAAAAUGUGCAAGUUCCCUAUUGUGGAUUAUUAAAAAAUAUUAUAAUGUUUAGAUAUUAGAGAUAUAUUUAGGAUUUGAAUUCAUUUUGGUGUUGUACACAAUUAAUUAUACGAAAAACUUAUCGUAUCAAUGUGAACAACUACAAAACACCGAUUGGAAAGUUUGUGAAGUCCAUUUCACUAGCAAGAAGGGGCUAUAAUUAUCAUGCAAAGUAAUUUACGUAUUUUUUGUUGUUAUAUUUACUGAAUAUUUGUCGUAUCGUUCUCAAUUAUUUUUUUAGAGUUACAUGUAUAUAGAUUUUGUAUAUAGGAGGAAGUGGUUGGGACGUAAGAGUAAUGCCGAAAUAUGGUGAUAAUAAUGCUACAACACGUCCAAUUCAGGUUAACCAAUGAGGUCGUUUUGGUAAUGUGAUUAAAGCUAUCAAAAAGUAAUCAAACACUUAUGCAAUAUGUAAUUCACUUUAUGAAAAUAAAAAACUGCAAAAAACAUACGAUGGGACAAUUCGAAAAGUAAAUGUUAGUACUGCAUAUUUCCGGAUAUUUGAUGGGUACUUGCAGCCAGUGGCGUACUGCGCACGGUUCCGCGGAACCAAGGCUCUAGCCCCGCAGGGGCCCGCUCUAAAGCGCUUUUGGCUUCUUUUGUUUUUAAUUUGAUGGGGACAUUUUGAACUACACAAGUACACUACGAAAUGUAACUGCUUAAUAAAUUUUAAUUUUUGUGUAGGUACUUAUUAAUAAAAACGAAGAAUAACUAUUUAUCAAAAAAUUUGAAAUCAAAAUUUAUUAAGAAACACAGGGAACGCUUUUGUAAGGUUCCUUGCUUGUUUUACCUGCUAGCCGAAGUCCUUGUUUAAAUACUAACCGCCUGUGCCUGCCUACACGUGCUAACUCAAACACUUGUAUUUUUUAUAUUAGCACGAUCCAUGAAAAAGUUGUAGGUAAACUACAAAGUUGUAAAAAUUCGGAAACUGAGAUAUUCAAUGCAAGUUUUAUACGGUGGGUCAUAAAAAUAAUCCCAAUACAAUAGGUUAGAUGCUCGAUACUCGUGUUAUACAAUGUGAGUUUUUAUUGGGCUCGCAUCUCAACUGGAACCAUGGCCCGCUGAUCUAUCGGUACGCCACUGCCUGCAGCUACUAUAUUUAAGAGCAGAAACGGAUUAGAGAUUCGCGGACGCGACUCGACUCUUCGCGGACUAGUCUAGCUCAGAUUCUUUACAUUGUUUUUAAUCUUCAUGAACGCAUUUUUAAGUCGCGAACGCGACGAGGACUUGAUUCAAUUUUUAUUGAGAAUCUUAAGUAUUCCACUGUCUUUUCCGCGAUUCUCUAAUGCGUUUCUGCCUACUCUUUCGAGCACGGACGUUUCUGCAUUCUAGCCAGAACUAACGCAUAUGAUUUCUUCAUGUGCGCCUUCAUUUAAAAGAAUAUCAAAAAUGACGCAACAUAAUUAUCAAAAAACAAAUUACUGAGUGCUAUAUUUAUAUAUUAUUAUGCAUCUGCUUGCAAUCAAACUACAUAACAGAAACGGAUUAAAAAAUGUGUAUUAUGACAAUUGUUUCCAUUUGCGCCACUUAUUGGAAUUUUAAUGAUGAAGACAUUAGCUAAUUUCAGUUUGUAUGGACAUAUUUUGUCACUUGACAAAAAUGUCUGCUAUGACUUGUAUACUGAAUGUUCAUUUAUUUCCUACGAAAGCUUACACCUCGGGAUAACAUUGUAAAAUGUUCUUAUGAUGAAGUAACAAUAGCAUAUUAUUCAACGAGCAUGUAAUGAUGACUGUUACUCACAAUGAUGAAGUUUGCGAUACGAGCCGAAGGCGAGUGUCGUAAUUCAUCAGAGCCAUUACAUGCGAGUAGAAUACUAUACUUUUUCUACGACCUUUUUUUAUUUUAAUGAGUAAAAUAAUCUAAUUAUGAACUGCUCGAGAUUAAAAUUGUAAUUCACAAAAAUAAAUGUUGUUUACCGUCUGACGUUGUGCGCGUCUGAAUAAUUGCUGUCGCAAAUGCUGUCUUAUGUAGUAUAAAAAUACAACAAGAAAUAGUUGAUUCAAGUUUUAUUCGUUUCCGAAAAAUUAUAAUCACAAAUUUGUAGGUACAUACUGUCAAUUUAAUAAAUAGGAAAUGGCUAUUAUUGUUGGACGUAUUUUAUAAAGUUAUACCUAAUGUACAUUUUAUAUUUAGCAUUAUAAUAUAAUGUAAUAUAAUAUAUUUAACACAAUAUAACUUUAUAAAAUAAGCACAAUGUAAGUUAUAAAUUCCAAUAAACACAGCAAAUGCGCUAAUGUCACUGUCACUAAAAAUGAUAAACGUCAAAAUUCAAUAGUAAACAAAGUAUAAACUUAGUAGUAAAUGGUUGACUUCAAUUAGUGCGGUCGUAAAUAUUAUUAAAUUUAUCUGACUUGGCCCAUUGUUAAGACCGGUCCGGAGCGAUAAGCAAACGAGGUAGACAGAGUUGGUCUUUUGACAAUUAACACUGACUAGACGUUACUCCUAUAAUGGGUAUGGGACGAUUGCGCCGAUUUUACCCGAGGUACGUUCAGCUGAGGGCACGAUUGCACCAAACUAAUUCAGAUAGUCGCUAAUCCCAGAGUAUGAUUUCGACAUCUCCUGUGGUGUUGUAAUAUUUUAAUGUCUUCCUUGUUGGUUGUGGCUGUACUACCGUACCUUAAUAUAUUAACCUUUCGAUGACCAACCUUUUUUUGUUACACGGAUGACCAAGGGGGGGGGGGGGCAAAUGACCGCAGGUCAAAAAUGACAAUUAACAAAAAAAGAAAGUUUUUUUUUUUAAUUUUUAAUUUUUUUUUCUGGUAUGGGCUUUAUGUCAUUCAGCCAGUCACAACAUGAGUAUUAGUGUCAUGUGUAGUGUGUAUGUUGAGUAAGUGUCUUGUUACUUUGCAAAGUCGACGUCAUUAGCGUAAAACUACUUGUAAUUACACAUAAUAGAGGCUAUUUUACUAAACAUCAACCUCAGAAUAUAUUUUUUAUUCGUAAAAUAUAGGGAAUUUUUUUUAUUUCAAAAUAUGAGGAUAUCUAGAAUGAUAUUAAAGUCAAAUAAAAAAAUAAUGAGUUAAAAAUUAAAAAUACUUUUGAAUUCAUUAAAGAAAAACAUACGCUGGGGUCACAAUUUCCCCCGAUUGGUCAUCCGAAGGUUAAGAAACUAUAUGAAUUAAUUUCAAAAAUAUACAAUUACACAUACGGACUUAUGUAUACUCGUAUCUACACCUAAUUAAUUAAAUUAAAACUGCAUUUUACUACGGUAGUGAAAUGAAGCUGACUUUAAAAAAUCCCAUCUACUUAUUUUACAUUUGUUUUUCAAUUAAUGCUCGUAAUAACUUCUUAAUAAUAAGAAAUAAGUAGUGUUCUUUAUAUUUUUUGUUCGAAAUUAUAUUUGGGUAAAUACUAUUUACUUUAACGUAAAGAUUGGUUUGAUUUUUUAUUAAAACAUAAUAUAAAGUGCAAAAUAUUAGGAUGGGCGUAAUAAAAACUUCGUCCCGUACCCAAGGAUUAAAUCUGCCACCGGCGCAAUCGUGCCUACAGCAUAUAAGACCCUUUAUCGAGACCGGAUUACAACAGGUACUAACGGCGCAAUCGUCUAAUGGCCCCUAUAAUAAAGCAAAGGAUCCACAAAAUUUACAAUAAUUACGACUACAAAAACAAAAAAAAAAGGAUGUAAAAUAUAUUGCUUUGCCUUAUAUACCCGAAAUUAAUGUUUUCAAAUGAGUUUUAAAAUAAAUUAAAUAUAUUUUAAUUGCUAAGAUUAUCGAAAAACAAACAUUCAAACAUAUUUAAGUUUUACCUGAAACCGGGCCUUUUAUACUAUUAUCGGUUAACCUAAGAUGUUAAUAGUCGGUACUAUUUGAAGUCAACAAUUUACUGCUAAACAAACUUUAACAAUGUUUCCCGUAAUUUGGCGAUUUAAAAAUUAUUUAGAAAAGCGGUUAGAACUAGGCCUAAAAAUGCAUUUGAUUUUUAAUAUAAAUAUCACAAAUAACAAGUAGAACGAAUCUUUUAGAAAUCCUACUGAAACAUACGAAAAUCAAACACUGAUCAAUCAAAAAAGACUUAUUACUACUGAACAUAAGUUUUACAGAUAAAAUAUUUAGCCAAAAAAUUUUUUACUGAAUAUUUGGUGUAUUUUAGAAAUCCUACACUGAAAAAAGUGAAGCAUAAAAUACAUUUCAGAACAGGCAUUUAUUACAACACAAAACAGAGUACUCAUGCACACUAAAAAUUUCAUUCAAGAGACUUCAAUUGAAGAAAGCACAGAUAGAAAUAUUUUUGAUAUAUAUGACAAAAGAGGAAUACAUAUAUAUUUAUAGUUUUGUGGUGUUUUGUCCGCAACGAAAUUCAGCAUUUCAGUAGGUAUUGGCUUUUAUACCCCAAUGAUAUUAUUAUUUUUUGAUAGUGCAAUACAAAAAGAUCUCAAUUCGUAUAAUAUGAUAGUGAUCGUAUGUUAACGUAUUAAUCUAAAAACCAAUGUUCUACUGGUUAAAAAAUACAUUUUAUGUUAUAUAAAGUACAUCCAGUCUAACUUUCCCAUGCACGAAAUUAUUCACGAACUACUUUUUAUACUAGGUCUCUUUUUAACUCACAGAAACUAGUAUCGCAAAAUUAAGCCGCUUUUCCAUAGAAAUCACAAUAAGCUAAACAAGGACAAAUAAUAUCGAAUGUCUUUGAUAGCUUAUGAAUUUUGACGUUUAUAAUUCAAUGACAGUGACAGUUUUUUUAUUUAUUUGCAUUUGUUGUUUAUUUGGUUUUAUAAAUCAAUAAAGUUUAUUUUGGUAGGGGAGCCCAAGCGGGGAUUUUGCAGUUACUCGAGCGCGUCAGAUUAUCAUAUGGGGAGAAACGUGGUACCCUGCAGAUGUACUUCUACCAUAUCUUGGCUCUUAACACAGGGGAGUUCGUUCAGGUUGGCCCGAAAAAAAAAAAUCUAUCCUUAAAAAUACUAGAAAUUGUCAGAUUAAGAUAAGGUAAGUUAAUUUUACAAGCAAAAGAGAGUAUGUUUCAAAAAUCUGACGAUUUGAGCGGGGCGUACAGAAAUGGGCGAGUCAAAAAAUUUCAAAAAGAAAAAGCGAAUAUUUCGCGAAAUGAACGUCAGAUCGAAAAACUAAAAACUUCGUGUUCAAUAGUUUUCAAAAAUCUAUCGAAAGAUACCAAACACGACCCCCCACGGAAGUGGGGUGGGGGGUUACUUUAAAAUCUUAAAUGGGAGCCCCCAUUUUUUAUUACAGAUUUGGAUUCUUUGCAUAAAAAUAGGCAACUUUUAUUCGAAACAUUUUUUUGAAUUAUGGAUAGAUGGCGCUAUAAUCGGAAAAAACGAUUGUUGGAAACGGAAAAUUAAAUUAAAAAAUGGGAAGUCCCCACCAAAAUGGAAAAUUUUACUUUUUAGGUUUAGGACCUAAUAAUCACAACCCAAUAGGUCCCCAAAGCGCUCGAGUGACUGCACAUUUAGCAUACUUUGCUCCCCUACCAUUUGGUUUUAUAUUUACGAAAAAAUAAAUAUAUUAUUUCAGUUAAAUAAAGAAAGAGUUGCAAUACUGACUUUGGGGUCCCCAGACAAAGACAAGUGGAAUUUAUAACUCAAUUUGUGAAAAAUUUGCAUUUGUAUCACUGUUUCUCCAAAGGUUUGAUAUACUAAAAAUAUUAAUUGUUUUUUUUAUGUAAUUUACUCGAAAGUUUUGUAUUUCUCAACCUUAGACAACAUUCAAUCUUCUUAACAAUAGUAACUUUGUUGUGACUUUUUUUAAUUUCUAUAUUUAUCUUUAUAUUCGUAAUAAUCUGUAUGGUGUUCAAGCUGUUUAAUGUUGAAGUCCAUCAAUCUCCUCAAUAGUGAAAAAAGAUUAAACACUUCAAUAAAUUAACUUUAUAAAAUACGUUCACGAAAUAAUAGCGAUUUCCUAAUUAUUACCACUAACACUCUGACAGUACGUAUCAAUACCACACAUCGACGUACGUUUCACUUUAUUUUUGAUUCAACUUGUUUGAAAAUGAAUCGUGACGCAUGGGAAAAGUUAGAGUGGAAGAACUAUAGCAAAAAUCAAUUGUAUAGCUUAUUUUGCGAAAUCAAUCAGAAAGUUGAUUCAAACACCUGCCUACGGGGUGUAAAUGGAUAGGGAGAUUUUCAGAUAACAAAAGAUAUUAUUGUUUUCUACCGCUACAGUUAAUUGUUGUUUAUUUUGUUUCUAUCUUGAUAUUUUUAUUAUUUUCGGUACUUGUUGAACACCUGUGUAAAUAGAUGUUUCUUGUUGUAUUUAUCAUUGCAACAUCAUAACAGACUAGAAUUUUAACUAGUUUAAAUAUAAACAAGUAUCAGUCAAAGAUAUCUACAUUGUCGGUUAAAAUAACCAAACCAAACACAUAUCAGCACAUAACAACAAAGAAAAUUAGACUUUCUCUAAAAAUAGGUACUCUAGUUCCAAUAAAUAAAUUUUGAAUAGUUUUUACAUUAAUCCGUCUCGUAGACGUACUACCUUAAUGGAAACAUUGGUUGUAAGACGUAUGCAGCUCUUAUCAUGUCAUGUAUAGGAAGAAAAGAGAAUUGAAUUCUUAGCAAGAACAUUAUAUAUUUUGCAAAAGAAAAAGGUAGAUUUUAGCAUGUGGCAUAUAUUUUUGCUAAAAAUGACGAUGUUAUAUUUAUUCAGUAUUUUAAAUGGAAGGUACAAACAUUUGAUAGCCCAUCUGGAAGCACGGUCGAUAUUCACGAAUCUUCCCACCAUUAAAAAAAACUGUCUUAUUGCCAAAUCAAUUUAUGAUCAAAAACUACGUAGUGUACAUAUUUGUCGUUGCAAUAUGCAGGUUCGCGAAUAUUGAUGGAAUAUUUAAGUGUUUAUGUAGCGAUCAGUCUUGUAAGUACCAAAGGCGUUUUGUUUUGAUACUGGUUAUAUAGAUGACAGAUAAACGGAUUUCAGACAUAUUAAUAUUUUACGAGUAGAACAUCAAUAGGAGCACAGGAAACAUACGCAGAGUUAAAAAAGCAAACAAAAAGGCUAGGUCUGGAAAUUCACAGAAAAAACAAAAAUAAUGAUACAGACGAGAAGAAAUAUAGUCGUCCCACAAAACAUUAUACAUGAAGAUGACAUUGAAACGGUUGAACAGUUUACAUACCUGGGAGUAGAACUAUAUGCCGAUGGAUCAGAAGAUGGAGAAAUACGCAGAAAGAGAAUAACGCAGACAAACAGAGCUUAUUUGGCCUUCUCCCAUAUAUUUCGGUCUAAAAGUGUCCACCGAAAUACAAAGAUGAGAAUCUAUAAAACCUUAAUUCGACCAAUAGCAUGCUAUGGCAGUGAAGCAUGGGUCCUGAAAGAAACAUCCAAAAACAAACUCGACACAUUCGAGAGGAAAGUACUGAGGAGAAUACUAGGACCUGUGAGGGAAAACGGAAUCUUCAGAAGUCGAUACAACAACGAGCUUUAUCAACUUUAUAAGGAAACACCCCUAUCAGACUUCAUUAGAAUACAAAUAUUGCAAUGGGCCGGACAUGUGAUAAGAAUGGGAGAGGAUAGGCUACCAAAAAGAGCACUGAAUGCUAGAAUGCAGGGAAAGAGACCGGCUGGAAAGCCAAGAAGACACAGUAAACAGCGACGCACAAGCCCUUUUAGGAAUCCGUGUAUGGAGAAGAGCAGCCACAGACAAGCAAGGGUGGAGGCAAAAAAUAAAGAAGGCCAAGGCUCAAUUUGGGCUGUAGUGCCGUAGAAGAAGAACAUGUUCACUUAACCCUCGUAAGACGGUGCCUAGAUUCUUACGUAAACAACGGUGCGGGAUGCAUUGCCCCCAUCCGUAUAUUCGUUUUUUUAUAUGUAAACAUCGGUGAAAUUGAUUUGAAAGAUAAUUAGAACUUCUUUAUGAUACUAUGCUAUGUGUUCCCUGUUCACAUGCAAAAAAAUAUUCUUAUAUUUUUUACUGCAUUAAAUCUCUUAUUACAACCAUUAAUUUAAAUAAAUCUCAAGCCAGCCCUGUUCAUUAGUACCAUUUCAUACCCUCCUAAUUUUACCCUUACCCCUACAGACAGACAAUUUUGGAUUCGGGACAGAAGAACUUCUUGGCUCAAACUAAUCGUAAAUCUCAAUAAAUCUGUUUUCGUAGUGGUUACACUGUGGCUGGCUCUGCUAACUAAAGGGGUAGACCUGUAGUUAACGAUUAGACCGAGUGAGAUUAUCUCACUCUUGAUCCUUGAUCCUGGAUCCUUUGAGAUGUUACGUUUUCUUUGUAUUGUACGGAGCGGAGGCAUGGAGGCUUACAGACGCCACUAUUAAAAUUGAAACAUUUGAGAUAUGGCUUUAUAGAAGAAUGCUGAGAAUAUCAUGGACAUCAAGGAUCACGAACUAGGAAGAAUGAAGAAGGAACCGGAGAUCAUGUUUAUCAUCAAACGCAUAAAAUUGCAGUAUCUGGGAUACGUUAUGAGAAAUCAGCACCAUUACUCCCUACUGCAGUCCAUAUUGCAAGGUAAAGUCAAAGGUAAGCGAGGACCCGGUAGAAGGAGAAUAUCGUGGCUGCGGAAUUCGAGAAAAUGGUUUAAGAAAACCUCAAUGGAACUGUUUCGAGCCGCAGCGAGCAAGAUUAUGAUUGCCAAUAUGAUUUCCAACAUCCGAAACGGAUAGGAACCAGAAGAAGUAUAAGAAGAGAGUAUCUACACCGACAAGAAAAAAAUGGUAAGCACAACCGCAAAAGUAUGCGAAGAAAACAAAGUAAUCAGAGAUAGAUUAACCGAAGCUUUUGAAAACUUAUUAACAGGAAAUUAAUUAAGAAUAUAAGCUUAUAAAAAAGGGACUAAAAUAUUCAAUAAUAGUUCAUUAUGGCUAAUUCAUUAAGUUAUUCAACUGAACACUAAGUCAUCUAGUCUAAAUGGUAUCAAAAGAAAACAAAGUUUUUGUAGAACUGGAAAAUUCGGUUGCCUUUGGUAUAUAUUUUGGUUUUGUACGACCAAUAACUCGGCUACAAACAUAGGCGAUCAUUAGCGGGUCACUCCUUCGAUUUUCAGAUCUGGUCGUACAAAAAUACAUUUUUUAUUAAGUACAAAAGUAGUAUCGAUUUUUAAUAUUUAAGAAACAUCAUAUUCACUCCGUGCGUGACCAUAGCGGGGAUACACGAAACUAUGUCAGCGCCCGUAGCGCCGAAAUAUGACAAUUUUGGCGAAUUUUUGUAAUGUCAGUGUCAUUAUGUUCGUUCGUGGACCCUGUCGGUGACUUUUAGUCCACAACAAUGCAUGCUUACUUUAAUUCCAUAUUAUAUUUAUUUAAUGUAUUAUCGUUUAUUGAUAAAUAUACCUUGUAUAUUUAUCUAUCAACAACGGUAUUAUUUAUAUUAUUUUAAAGUGCGCAUGCUCCACUUGUCGUGGACUAGUCUCUGAUUCUUUCCGCGAACACACUUAUUGUUUAUAUAACAAAUUUUGUCAAAAAUGGUAAAUAAAUAUUACAUAUAAUAUGUCGUAUGUCUAUCAUAUAUGUUUAACGUCAAAUUGUGGUCGCCAAAAAUGUCAGGCGACUACGCUAGGUGUCGCGUCAGUCAUGCACGGAGCAAAUAAGAAAUAUAAUAGAAGAAACUUCUAAAAAUCAUGUAUUAGACAGUAAAUGUCACUAAUCAAAGAGUUUACAAUUUGUGUAUAUAGAUAUGUUUGAAACAAAUCUUUUCCAGCAUCAUAUAUUAACCAAAAAGAUUAUGAUGUUUUCAUAUCUAAUAACAAACUACAAAAUCAGACUAUUGCUUGACUUCUGGCUAUUAUUGUUAUAGCUUGCUACAUGUUGGUGGACAUAUGGCAUUGCAUAUUAUGCCACUAGCCUUUAGCUGUGUGAAGCAUCGAAUUAAAACUAAAACAAACAUGACUUAAUGCAGAUAAGGUAAUGACAAUUCUUUUUCCUCAGCUUUUCCCUUUUCAGGGGUCGACAGUUGGGAUUACAUAUCUGCAGAUAAAAAGGAGGUAAAAAGAGAAACAGAUAGGUAAAUUUAAAAUGAUUCUUCACACAACACAUACUAGAUGUCCUUUAGAAUAUACCCCAAAACAAUUUUGUUAUUAGAAGAAUGUCUGAUUUUGUUUUUUGUCAUACGGCUUCUAAUUGUUCUCUAAAAUAUAACUUCGCGAUUAUUUUUGAGAAAGUAAUCUAUAUCAACAUCUAUUUCUGCUUUUCUAUAAGAAAUAGUGACAAUAUCUUUUAAGGGAUAAACAGCAGCUACCGUUCUUUGUGAUUCAAUAUUGGACUGAAAACUUUUUGUGUAAAGAGUAUAAUGUUUGUUUGUUUUAAUUAUUAUUGUACAUUCCUGUAUUAUUUAGAUAUUCAUUAUUAAAUAUAUGAAAGUAA